AACCCAGCAGUGAUGUGGAGGUGGAGACCCACAGGAGCCCCGGACUUCACCUGAGCUACCUCAGGACAACCAGCAAGAAAAAAAGUGGAAGGAUAAGGAAUGUGCUUAAAGUAUGAAAACGUGGGAAAGGAGACAAAUGAACAUGUAGGAAUCGCAGACCAAAUUCUGCCAAACCGUCUGAAGGGAGUGGAAGGAAAUCCCGACGCUCCACAACCCCUCAACUUCGCAACUCCAGCUCUCUCUAAAACAGAGUAAUUGCAGGUCCUCCCAGAGGUGGCAGCAUGGACCGCUCUCCUGGAGACCGCCCCAGCGCAGUGGACCAGCCCUACGCUCCCUCCGACCCCCCUGACCAGCCCCCCACGGCUCACGCAAAGCUGGACCAGAGUUCUGGGAACCAACCUGCCGGCCCAGGCGCCGCGGGUGAGGCCUUGGCGGUGCUGACUUCGUUCGGGCGGCGGUUGCUGGUGCUGGUGCCGGUGUACCUGGCUGGGGCAAUAGGACUCAGCGUGGGUUUUGUGCUCUUCGGCCUCGCCCUCUACCUGGGCUGGCGCCGGGUCCGCGAGGAGAAAGAACGGAGCCUUCGAGUAGCGCGACAGCUGCUGGAUGAUGAGGAGCGGCUCACGGCGAAAACUCUUUACAUGAGCCAUCAAGAACUACCUGCCUGGGUCAGCUUCCCAGAUGUGGAAAAAGCUGAGUGGCUAAAUAAGAUUAUGGCCCAGGUCUGGCCGUUCCUGGGCCAGUAUAUGGAGAAGCUUUUGGCCGAAACUGUGGCCCCAGCUGUUCGAGGAUCUAACCCCCACCUGCAAACAUUUACAUUUACACGAGUGGAAUUGGGUGAAAAGCAUUCAUCUCUGCAGCCACUGCGCAUCAUAGGAGUCAGGGUUCACCCUGGUCAGAGGAAAGACCAGAUCCUGCUGGACUUGAACAUCAGCUAUGUAGGUGAUGUACAGAUCGAUGUGGAAGUGAAGAAAUAUUUCUGCAAAGCAGGAGUCAAGGGCAUGCAGCUGCAGGGUGUCUUACGAGUGAUUCUUGAACCACUCAUUGGGAACCUUCCUAUUGUGGGGGCUGUGUCGAUGUUCUUUAUCCGACGCCCGACCCUAGAUAUCAACUGGACAGGGAUGACCAACCUGCUGGAUAUCCCAGGACUCAGCUCCCUCUCUGACACCAUGAUCAUGGAUUCCAUCGCUGCCUUUCUUGUGUUGCCCAACCGAUUAUUGGUGCCCCUUGUGCCUGACCUUCAAGAUGUGGCCCAGUUGCGUUCCCCUCUUCCCAGGGGCAUUAUUCGGAUUCACCUGCUGGCCGCUCGAGGGCUGAGCUCCAAGGACAAAUACGUAAAGGGCCUGAUUGAGGGCAAGUCAGACCCCUACGCACUUGUGCGAGUGGGCACCCAGACAUUCUGCAGUCGUGUCAUUGAUGAGGAACUCAACCCCCAGUGGGGAGAGACUUAUGAGGUUAUGGUACAUGAGGUCCCAGGACAGGAAAUUGAGGUGGAGGUGUUUGACAAGGAUCCAGACAAAGAUGACUUUCUGGGCAGAAUGAAGCUGGAUGUAGGGAAAGUACUACAGGCUGGAGUAAUGGAUGAAUGGUUCCCUCUACAAAGUGGGCAAGGCCAAGUUCACUUAAGGCUAGAAUGGCUUUCACUUUUGCCAGAUGCAGAAAAACUGGAGCAGGUUCUACAGUGGAACCGAGGAGUCUCCUCCCGACCGGAGCCCCCAUCAGCUGCCAUCUUAGUUGUCUAUCUGGAUCGGGCCCAGGAUCUUCCUCUGAAGAAGGGGAACAAGGAGCCCAACCCCAUGGUACAGCUGUCAAUUCAGGAUGUGACCCAGGAGAGCAAGGCUGUCUAUAACACCAAUGGCCCGGUGUGGGAGGAGGCCUUCCGGUUCUUCCUGCAAGACCCUCGAAGCCAGGAGCUCGAUGUGCAGGUGAAGGAUGACUCCAGGGCCCUGACUUUAGGGGCGUUGACCCUGCCUCUGGCUCGCCUGCUGACUGCCCCUGAACUCACCCUGGACCAGUGGUUCCAGCUCAGCAGUUCUGGCCCAAACUCCCGGCUGUACAUGAAACUGGUUAUGAGGCUCUUGUACUUGGAUUCAUCAGAAGUGCGCUUCCCUGCUGUGCCUGGUACUCCUGAAGCUUGGGACCUGGACGACGAGGGCCCCCAGACAGGCAGCAGUGUGGAUGCCCCACCUCGACCCAGUCACACUACUCCUGACAGUAACUUUGGGACAGAGAAUGUGCUUCGGAUCCAUGUAUUAGAGGCCCAGGACCUGAUUGCCAAAGACCGUUUCUUGGGGGGAUUAGUGAAGGGGAAGUCAGACCCCUAUGUCAAACUAAAGCUGGGAGGACGAAGCUUCCGGAGCCGUGUUGUUCAGGAAGAUCUCAAUCCCCGUUGGAACGAGGUCUUUGAGGUGAUCGUCACAUCAAUUCCAGGCCAAGAGCUAGAGGUUGAAGUUUUUGACAAGGACCUGGACAAGGAUGACUUUCUGGGCAGGUGUAAAGUGAGCCUCACCACAGUCCUAGACAAUGGCUUCCUUGAUGAGUGGCUGACCCUGGAGGAUGUCCCAUCUGGCCGCCUACACUUGCGUCUGGAGCGUCUGACCCCCCGUCCCACUGCUGCUGAGUUAGAGGAGGUGCUGCAGGUGAACAGUUUGAUCCAGACUCAGAAGAGUACAGAACUGGCGGCGGCCCUGCUCUCCGUCUACCUGGAGCGGGCUGAGGACCUACCGCUCCGAAAAGGUACCAAGCCUCCCAGCCCUUAUGCUACUCUUGCCGUGGGAGAUACUUCUCAUAAAACUAAGACUGUUUCCCAAACGUCAGCCCCUGUCUGGGAUGAGAGUGCCUCCUUUCUCAUCAGGAAACCACACUUUGAGAGCCUGGAGUUGCAGGUUCGGGGUGAGGGGACUGGCGCAUUGGGCUCGUUAUCCCUGCCCCUCUCUGAGCUCCUCGUGGCUGACCAGCUCUGCUUGGACCACUGGUUUAUGCUCAGCAAUGGUCUAGGGCAGGUGCUACUGAGAGCACAGCUCGGGAUCCUGGUGUCCCAGCACUCAGGGGUGGAAGCUCACAGCCACAGCUACAGCCACAGCUCCUCAUCUCUGAGCGAAGAACCGGAGCUCUGGGGGGGACUCCCUCACAUCACUUCCCCAGCCCCAGAGCUCCGGCAGCGCCUAACACACAGUGACAGUCCCCUUGAGGCUCCAGCCGGGCCUCUGGGCCAGGUGAAACUCACUGUUUGGUACUACAGUGAAGAACGAAAGCUGGUCGGCAUCGUUCACAGUUGCCGGGCCCUUCGACAAAAUGGACGGGAUCCCCCUGACCCCUACGUGUCACUGUUGCUACUGCCAGACAAGAACCGGGGCACCAAGAGGAAGAGCUCACAGAAGAAGAGGACCCUAAAUCCUGAAUUCGAUGAACGGUUUGAGUGGGAAAUGCCCCUGGAUGAGGCCCUGCGGCGAAAGCUGGACGUCUCUGUGAAGUCUAGUUCCUCCUUCAUGUCAAGAGAGCGUGAGCUGCUGGGGAAGGUGCAGUUGGACCUCGCUGAGAUAGACCUUUCCCAGGGUGCAGCCCAGUGGUAUGACCUCAUGGAUGACAAGGACAAGGGCAGCUCCUAGGAGCCGGAGAUUACCAGCCUGACUGCUCUGUCUCCUUGCCUCGCCUCUCGCUGCAUCACCGCCUCAAUGUGAUGAGCCUAAAGGUUGGGGCCCGAGGGCAGAGCCUGCACCCCUCAGCCCUCUCACCUCCCAGGCCCAUGCUAGGGCCUUUGCGUGACCAAAGAGGAGGACCGUAUGUUACCCUUUACUGCACGGCCUUUAUCCUUCUGGGCUUCUGCGGCAGGGAUGUGAGCUGGCUAUUUCCUGCUCUGCCUGCACAUUCUCCUUUCCGCCCAGCUCCUCAGGGCCUUCUGUGUCUGUGCCUGGCCACUGGCAGCACUGGCAGUGGCAUUAGCUCAUGCCAAAUACAGCUUUUUGAAAGACCUUUUUUUCUCCUUCUUCCCAAACAGCAGUCAGGGAGGGUGGAAAGGCUAACCACUCCAGCUGAGAGCCUCUUGGACUACUGCAUGCAGCAAAUGUACAGCCACCCAAACCCCAUGUCCAGUUCUAUACCCACUUUCCUCGAGCCUGUCCUGAAAAUUACACCUGCUAUGUUGACUAGGGCCAGCCAGUCUCUUGAAUCACUCUGAGAACAGUAGAUUCCAUCAAAGCCUUCAGGUAGCCAAUAUCAGUCUUGGUGUGGGGCCUCUAGCUGGUGCCAUCCAGAGGGCUUUGGAGGACCCAGGACAGCAGGGCCAAUUUUUUGUCCAGGUGCCUAGGCUGUUAACUCACUGACUAGAACUGAAUCUCUUAGCUUUGUACCAACUCUGCCAAUCCACUGUAUCGUACAUUAAACGUUACACUCAAAUCA